CAGUUUGGCGUUCAAUCGAAACGUAGCUUCUGAACUUGUUGGUGCUGAGAAUAAACAUCUUAUUCUUUUCAGUUUGUUAAUAAUGCAUCCAAUAAAAUAGGUACAUAAACAAAUCAAUCGUUUCUAACACAAGUCGUUUUUCAACCUAGGCAAGGUAAAUACAGAAAAUAUGCGUUAAUCCCAAAUUUGCUUUAUCUGGUUAACCAACAUCUUCAGCAAGGAGGGCCUUUAAAUGUAUGUGUUCUUAUCGUGAAGAAAACAAGACACACCAGCAGGUUAAAAUGGAAAGGAUUCGCAUCAAUACAAAUGCAGCGAAGGCUGUAGACGACUACCUGGAGUAUAAGAGGAUUGUUGGCGAAGAUGAUGGAGGGAAACUUUUUACUCCACAAGAAUAUGAGGAGUAUAAGAAACAGGUGUUACCUACACGGUUACAAAACAGAUUGUAUGUUAGCUGGGCAGUGCCCACUGGUGUUGACUGUAAACUUGUAGGACCAGAGACCCAGUGCUUUUGCACUCACAGGUACAAGCAGCACAAAACAGACUUCAAGGAGAUUCCAGAGGGGCGUCCUAUUCUGCUGCCUUGCCGGGUAAGAGGGUGCCUGUGUAAAUCAUACCACUUCGUGCCACUUAACGGCUCCCAGCCGGUCCGAUGCAGGUGCAAGCACUUAGCUGAUGAACACAGUGAAACAGGACAAUUCAAGUGCAAGAAAUGUUCAACCUGCAGUGGAUUUCAUAGCCCCUUUACGUGUGGAUGCGGUCAGCCCACGUUUGCUCAUGAGAUGCUUUUUGAGACUAAAGAGGAGAGGCUGGCUCGUGGCAGGCCGGUGGGGCAGGAUGUGCCUUACGCUGCCAUGGGAGGGUUGACAGGUUUCAGCUCUCUGGCAGAAGGUUAUAUGAGGCUGGAUGACAGUGGAGUAGGUGCACCACCGGUUGAUGUAUUGGAAUCCUCUGGAACUGUUAUGGAUCAUACGUUUGUUAAAGCUUAUGGAGGACAGAGGCAAACACUGACAGAGGGCAUAAGCACCGUCACUAAGCAAGUCUCGGACUUGAGAACCUCAGAAGAGGAUGACAUGGCUUACUUUGAACGGCGUUACCAGGAACGAGGAUUUAAAUAUAAAGAAAGAGGGACAGGAAAGAACAAAAAAGAAAACAAAUGAUUAGGCUUGUAACAAUAAUAAUAAAAUUAUUUAUCGAUUGGGACCCCACGAUAAAAAAUCAAUAAUAUUAAUGAAAUCGAAUAUUCCAUGAAAUUAAAAACAUGUCUUGUAUAUAUUAACUUACUGUCAAGAACGUAAUCUGUGUUGUUGCUUCUAAAAGUUACUGAGAAUAUGCGUCUGUGAACAAAUCCAGGAUGAUGAUGCAGAGAUCAAGAGUAACCUGCUUUGUUAAUGUAUUUUAUACAUAUUAUUUUGUUUUAAAUCAGUCCCAACUGUAGCCGUCUGUGCGAAACUAAUAAUAUUUAAUAAGGGUGGGCACCAAUAUCAAUAUUUUGAUAAGGUAUCGAUAUCUUUUGAUAUAGAUAAUAAUUUCCAUAUCGCGAUAUCGUGGGAUUUUUAAAAAAUACACGUACACUCACAGAGACAUACUUUUUAUUGCUUAUACUUCUAAAAAUACAAACGCAGUAUAAUCAAGUUUAUUUUGUAUUAGGAUACAACAAACCCUAUACACACCAAUCAUUGUUAGUCUCGCAGACAAACACCACACAUCAAUGUAUUAUUUAACCAUUUUAUUACAUUGAUUGGCAUUUUUCUUUUUCUAAGAACCAGAGUAACAAAUUUCAAAUAUUCAAUAGCUAUAAAUCAAGAAAAACAACAAAUCCACAACCUGUACCCUCUCUCGUGUGCUCUGCUCCCGUUUCUUCAACUGUUUCCUCUCACCAUCCAGUCACUUACCAGAAACCAUAUCCUGUUAUCAAAAAGUGUGCACAUAAAUAGUCUUAAAUAAUUGUAUUUAUAUAUAUAUAUAUAUUUUCCCUUCCAUUCAGAACGUGCUCACAAGAUACCAAACACUAUUUGCAUGUUGCAUUAAAGCAUGUGUCAGUGAUUCAUUAAAUUUUGUCCAUGUGAUAUACUUACACUAUUAUUAAUGUAUUUUUAAAAUGGAUUAUAAAUGAGAUGUACUUUUAAAACAUCAAAACACCUCAAAAUAAUUUAACAUUCAGCAUGACACAGUACUUAAUACUUUUAGAGGUGUCGUGUCAGCAUAUACGCAGAGAAGAUUAAAUUACUUCCGGAUUAGCUAGUCUGUGCGCAGUGAAAUAUAGAAAUAUUUUGGGUUUGAGUUGGCUGAUUAUGGCAUGGAAGGCAUGGAAUAGUAAAACAAUAUAACAAGACCUUGUUUGUCUCCAUGGAUAUUGUGAAGCAAAGCACCACUAAGUUAAUGUAAGUUAUUGCUUUUCAUAUGUAAACAUCUGUUAAUGUCUAUAUGUUGUGAGACAGCAGGGAGGGGGUUAAAACCUCCCUGGACAGAAAACAUGUGAAAAUGCACACUGGUUUUAGUUUAAUUGUAUUUGUUUAUUGUUAAUUUAAAUUGGUUAAUUGUUUUAUUGUUUAAUUAUCCCCUGCACCUGGUGGUUGUUAUUAAAUUAGGACCAGGUGCAGGGUAUUUAAGGAGUGAAGCCAGAAUGCUCAGGGCUGUUGAGUAGAAGGAAGCAGGAGAGGUGCUCUGCUACUGAGCAGUCCGGAGAAAAAGGUACAGUUUAAACCUGUUAAGGUUUGGGGUAGGUAAACGGCUUUGCCGUCCUGCGAGUGAGUCAGGUUCCAGUUUGUAUAGUAAGCGCUCCAAAAACGGAGUUAGGAGUUUGUUUGUGUUUUGAUUUGUGUAUUAUUAAAAAUAGCGCACCCGCGCUUUAAAAAUCCAUUUCUGUGUGCUGGGUCAUAGUUUUUAAAGGGGCACGAACCCGAGUGAGUGCAAGCUCGCUCACAAUGUAUAUAUGUUUGAUGUUGCAGUUGUGUUACUAUAUUAUUCUGUGUUUUGGAAGACUUCGAUAUUAUCGAUAUCGAAAUACGUGCACGAUAUCGAUAUACUAUUUUCAUAUCGUUGCCCACCCUUAACAUUACUACGUUGUCAUGUGCCGCUGUUUCAGAAAGUUUUAUUUUUUUUUACCUUUUCAUUUUGAAGCAAUGCACGAUCCGCAACCCUUUCGUUUUUGGUUGCGACGUGGUAUGUAGAUUAAUUAGGCCUAUACAUGUAUGAAAGAGAUAUUCUACAUGUCUUGGUUGCGAUGUGGGCAGUAAGUUAAUUAGUAAUAAAUCCACAUAGAUGCAUGAAAGAAAGAGAUAUUCUACAUAUUCAAGUAUGGAGACUCAAAGUAAAAUGAUCAGCUGGAGUUGUCGCUGUCGAAAGUUCUGUUGCAGGAAAGGGUAGGCUACCUCUACUGUUUGGAAAAUGACGAUAUAGUUGUAUUUGCUUAAGAUAAUGCAAAUCUAAGUGGCUAUGCAAAGUUAUGUAAAGUUUUGCUUGUGACAGAAAAAAGUGAACUGCAUCUCUGCAGCCGCGGCACACUGGAAGGGAUUGGACCAACAGAUUUAAAUAAUAAUAAUAAUAAUAAUAAUAAUAAUAAUAAUAAUAAUAAUAAUAAAAGAAAUGCCAAUAAAUACAAUUAUUUAUCAGGCUUACUAACUAAUGGCCCUGUUCAACCUUUUUUAAUUUAUAAAAUAAAGUUAUGGGAAAUUUAAAGUGUAGAUGAUGAAAGGGUUUGGUUUUUAAAACCUUGGAGUUAGCCGCCUCACAUAAGCAAGUGUUAUUUUGUGGAUUGACCCAAAGUAUUUGCUCAGGUAAGGCAAUAGUUACCAGAGAGACAGGCUGCAGUCUUUACUUUAUUCGUCCUGCUCCAACAAAGAGCUCUGAAUAAUAAUUUAAUACAUCUUUCAUAACCAUUUCUUUGUUUCAGCCAAUAGUCUCCAUUGUUAUGGUUACAUCAUUCUGUUUGCUGUAAAUCUUUAUCGCUUAAGCUGGCAAAACAAUUCUGGUUUACAUCCACAUUAGAUGUUGUGGCCUUGCAGGUGCAUGAACUCCCUAAAACCCAGAACAUUCUCUAAUCAACAGUGUACCCAGUGUAUUUAAUCAAGCAGUGAAUGCAUGCAACUUUCCCAUUAAUAUAUAACUAGCAACCUUGUAACAAAAUAAAACAUGUAGGAGACAGAUGCAACAUUAUUUAAAAGAAUACAGAAUCACCUAUCAAACAUAAGAAAUAAAAAAAAUAAAAAAUGAACCAAUAGUUCAACACUUUACAAGACAUUAACAUAAAAUAAAUGACCUACAAUUUGUAGUUUUAGAAGAAAUAAAAUUAGAUAAUGUACAAUACAGAAGAAUAAAUGAAAAUACAUUAAUAGACUCAAUUUCCAUUUCAAAUAGAAAGGAAUAGUAAAUCGUUACAUUAUUUACUAUGUAGUAAGUAACAUCACAGACACAUUAUUAGAUUUAAAUAGAAAUAAGUGAGUGUAGUUGCCAUGGCAUCAAAAGCCUAUAAAUACCUUCACUGUUUGUUUUCAAUCACACUUUCCCAUGACAAAGAUAUGUUAAACAUACUGAAACGUUAGGAAGUUGGCUCUUGAGCAUAAAAUCUUAUUUACUGGAUUUACUAAAUGGUGAAAUACAAAGUAAACACAUGCAAUCUGUUUUCUAUGCUGGAAACUAGCAUUGCAAACCCAGUCACUUGUGGUGUCACCUGUGGUGACGACAUCCAGUUCUACUUAAAACUCGACCCUGGAAGCCCCUCUGCCAUGGUCCAGCUCUCGGCUUGCAUUCAAGACAUCAAGGCCUGAAUGUCUGCCAAUUUUCUUCAGCUGAACACUAGCAAAUCUGAACUCCUUCUAGUAGGAUCUAAAACUUAACUUAAGAAUCUAAAUAUAGCUGCCCUGAACCUCGGAAACUGUCUGCUGCUGCCUUCCCCCACUGUACGAAGCCUUGGUGUACUUCUUGACAGCAACCUCUCCUUUGAUGCCCACAUCUCUUCUGUGAUCAAAUCCUCCUUCUACCAUCUUCAAAACAUCUCCAAAGUCCGUCCCUGCCUUUCCCUCCCGGAUGCAGAGAUACUUUGUUAUGCAUUUGUCUCCUCUUGACUCGACUACUGCAACUCUCUAUAUGGUGGUCUCCCGGCACGCACCAUAAACCGACUGCAACUAGUUCAGAAUGUCAGGAUCCUUACCAGAUGUAAAAAAUGUGAUCACAUCACUCCCCCGUCUUGCCGCGCUGCACUGGCUACCUGUAAAGUUCAGGAUUAUUUUCAAAACUCUCCUGCUCACCUACAAUGCCCUUCAUCACACAGGUCCCGAGUACCUCCUCAACCUGCUGACUCACUAUAUCCCUGCCCUCAAGUUGAUAUCCCCAAGCAAAAGUGCACCACACUUAGAGAACGCUCGUUUAGCUUCAUGGCUCCGACUCUUUGGAACUCUCUUCCAGCUUUGGUGCGUGACACUCCCACCGUCACUCGCUUUAAAUCAUCCCUCAAGACCCACUUGCUUUCCAUGCUCUUUAAGCCUGAUAUCUGCUAUUAGUUUCCACUGUAUGUAAUGUACUAUUUCAUGUAUUAUGCUACUAUCAUGUAUCAUGUACUUUCCACUGUAUCUAAUGUAUUAUGGAUUUUCUUGUUACUGCAUCUUGUAAAGCUCUUUGUGAUGGUGGUCCACUAUGAAAGGCGCUAUAUAAAGUAAAGAUUGAUUGAUUGAUUGAUUGAUUGAUUGAUUGAUUGAUUGAUAAACGGUUUGCCUGAAAAAAGGUGCUGCAGUCCACUGUAAUGUCAUUCCACAUUUAGAAUUAGGCAUGUUUAAAAUUCAAAAGGUAAAGCACAGCACACAGUAACAGCGCUUCGGCAGAAACAUUUCGAUCAGAAAACUACAAAGCAGCAGCAGGCUGCAGCAACCUGGAUUCUGAGUGACACACAGGCAAGAGAAAACAUGUUACUUUUGUUUUAAAUUAAAAACAACUUUCGUUUUUACAGUAUUUUAUGUACAUAUACCUGUUUGCACCUGUUUACACACUAGUUUCUUUUGAAAUGUGUGUUUUAUAGUUUUUCAUUUUUUGAAGUAGUGCUUUAUAUGUUGUAAGUAACCCCCUUUUAUGUUUAAUUGUUCAUUAAAAUAUGGCGUUUCGGCCGUGCAGAUAUAAUGUGCUUGAAUAAUACUUUUGAGUUGUUACAUCCGAUAGUUUGUCUUUCAUUUUAAUAUUGAUGUUAAAAUGUAACCGUCAUAAUGACUGCUGGCGGCGGCGGUUUUAGGUAUGAGUAUAACCGCGGUGGUUCGAGUGUUAAAGGGUGAAAUACAAAGUAAAGGGUUCCCCUGAAAAAAGAGUGCAGCGUAAGUCCACUGUAAUUUCAAAUGUUCAUAAAACACUCAUUAACUUUUAAAGCUGAACUCUGUUUCUAAAAAAAUGGGGAUUGUAGCUUAACAGCAAAUCGUAAUCAAUCAGACUCGGUCUGAUCCAAAACGAAAAGUGCUUACAAUUUAUUCACAGGAGUCGUUGUCCAUCCUUCAACAGUCCAAAGCACCUUUGACCAUUGUUCCAUAGUCCAAUUGCUGUGUUCUUGUGCAUAUUUUAGCCUUUUAGUCUUGUUCCCUUUUCUUAACAGAGGUAUUCUUACUGACCUUUGUACUGUUGAUGGAUGGACAACGACACCUGUGCCUUCUGCCAGUUCUCUUGUCAAUUCAGCGCUUGUUUCUAUUCCUUAAGGAUAUUAUAUUCAAGUAUUGCUCAUCCUUGUUAGAGAGCUUUUUGGGUCUUCCAGUUCUGGGUUUGUCAAUUACAGAUGAUGUCUCUCUGUGCUUGUUGAUUAGGUUUCGGAUACCACACCUUGAAAAUCAAGUGAUGCAAGCUAUUUCACUCAAUGUUUAUGCAAGGUUGUUAAAAUAGCAGAAAACACUAGUGGAGGCUUUGAGUACGUUGUUGUUGCUCAUAAUGCAUCAGAGUAGAAAAAUGCAACAUGUCUAAGACUGCACAGCAGUGUGUGUGUAUAUAUAUAUGUGUGUGUGUGUGUGUGUGUAUAUAUAUGUGUGUGUGUGUUUAUUAAAAAUUCAAAACAAAAUGUGAGUUAAAAAUGUCCACAAGGUUAUUUAUAAAUGAUUGCACAUUUCUGUCUGCAGCUGCUGGCUAACACUCGUAACAAACACUUCAAUACAGUCCAGACAGCCUUCACAGUGGAAGAUCACAGAGAUUUAUUGUUAUUAACUCUAUCCUAAUACCACCUUCCGUUAAAGAAAAUACAGACAAACAGCAACAUUUUAUAUUGCAACAUUAGGGAACUUUUUAUUUAUCUUAAAUGUACAACUUUUUUAUACAGUGGUGACCAGAAAUAUUUACACCCUGUGGUUUCAGAUACUCUUUGCUCAAUUGGAUUAUAAACUGUAGAUAGUUUGGAUGAUGUACAAAGAUCCUUGAUGUUUCCAUCCCAGGAAUAAAAUUGAAAUGAAAUGAGGGUUUGAAUACUUCUGAGCAAUCCUGUAUAUUUAGGGUUAGACUACAUGGUUGUUUUUUUGGAUUGUACCAAAGUACCUGAAUUCUUUGAGAGAGGGACAUUGAACAAUAUAUUCCAGGAUGUUCUGUUUUUUUAUAUAAUGUUUCUACUGCAAGCUUAACCGGAAUUGUUUG